GGAUGCAUAUUUAAAAUUAGCUUUUUUAUUAUCAGAUAAAAAUUCUUUAAGCAAUCAGAAUUUAGAGACAUAUGAAACCUUUUAUACUGGUGUUACUGAAGCAGGAAUUUUGGACAUUUCUUAUCUAGUUAAUUUGCAACAAAAUCAUAAAUAUUAUAGUAAUCAAAGUAUAGAGCGAAAAGCUGUUA